UUUGCCUGCCAAAUUGAUAAAUGGUGGAAUCGCAGGGCUGAUCGGCGUGAGCUGUGUGUUUCCCAUUGACCUGGCCAAGACCCGCCUGCAGAACCAGCAAAAUGGAUCACGACUUUACACCAGCAUGUCCGACUGUCUUAUCAAGACCAUCCGCUCAGAGGGAUACUUCGGGAUGUACAGAGGGUCUGCGGUGAACCUAACCCUGGUCACUCCAGAGAAAGCCAUCAAACUAGCAGCAAAUGACUUCUUCAGACAAUACCUCUCCAAGGAUGGUCAGAAGCUCACCCUGGUCAAAGAGAUGCUGGCGGGGUGUGGGGCAGGUACAUGUCAGGUUAUCGUCACGACUCCUAUGGAGAUGUUGAAGAUUCAGCUUCAAGAUGCUGGGAGAAUUGAGGCCCAGAGGAAGCUGAUGCCAGAGACAGUAGUACCGGGGACCGUGCCGACCAAGUCCCCCACCGCCAUGCAACUGACCAGGGAACUGCUUCAGGAGAAGGGAAUCGCUGGGCUGUACAAGGGCCUGGGGGCCACACUGCUCAGGGAUGUUCCAUUCUCCAUCAUCUACUUCCCUCUGUUUGCCAACCUGAACACCUUGGGGAAGAGAGGAGCGGAGGGCCCCGCCCCGUUCUAUGUGUCAUUCCUGGCAGGCUGUCUGGCUGGCAGCACGGCCGCUGUGGCUGUCAACCCUGUAGAUGUGAUUAAGACCAGAAUCCAGUCAAUGAACAGAGGGAGUACAGAGGAAACUUACAGUGGGGUGACUGACUGUAUCAGGUAA